CCACAGUAUCGAGUAUCAGAUCCCACUGAGGAAUUAUUCGUUAAAAUGGGAGGGUGUUCAACUAAAGCUCUUAAUCUCCAGAAGCUCUUUCUCGUAUGGAUGAUGAUGGUGGCAACUUUGAGCUGUUCAAGUGAUUCUAAAUGUGAUUUCCAGGCAAUCUUCAACUUCGGUGACUCAAACUCAGAUACCGGCGGGUUUUGGGCAGCAUUUCCAGCACAGUCCGGACCGUUCGGCAUGACCUAUUUCAAGAAACCGACAGGUCGAGCUUCCGACGGGAGGCUCAUUGUUGAUUUCUUAGCUCAAGCUCUAGGAUUACCAUUCCUAAGUCCAUACCUACAAUCGAUUGGAUCGGAUUACAGACAUGGAGUAAACUUUGCGACAUUGGCAUCAACCGUGCUUUUACCAAACACUUCCUUGUUUGUUACCGGAAUCAGUCCAUUCUCUCUGGCUAUCCAGCUCAACCAAAUGAAGGCGUUCAAGUCCCAAGUUGAAGAGUUUCAUCAAUCCAACUCAGGAAAACAAGAACCUAAAACACUUCCUCCCCCGGAUAUUUUUGGGAGAUCACUCUACACGUUCUAUAUUGGCCAAAACGAUUUCACUUCGAAUUUAGGAACCAUUGGUGUUGGUGGAGUAAGGAAAUAUCUUCCUCAAGUUGUCUCUCAAAUUGCUGGUACCAUCAAGGAGCUAUAUGCGUUAGGAGGGCGUACAUUUCUUGUACUUAAUCUAGCACCAGUGGGUUGUUAUCCCUCAUUUCUAGAAGGGCUUCCCCGUUCCGAACUGGAUACUUUCGGUUGCUCGAUUUCUUACAACAAUGCAGUACAAGACUACAACAACAUGCUAAGGGAGACGCUUGCGCAAACUAGAGCUUCUCUGCCAAAUGCUUCUCUAAUAUAUGUGGAUUCCUCUUCUGCUUUGCUAGAGCUCUUUAGACACCCGAAAAUUCAUGGGCUCAAAUAUGGGACCAGAUCAUGUUGUGGCCAUGGCGGAGGUGCCUACAAUUAUGACCGUCAGGUUUACUGUGGAAACACAAAGGUGAUAAAUGGAAGCACUGUGACUGCAAUGGCUUGUGAUGAUCCACAAAACUAUGUAAGCUGGGAUGGAAUUCAUGCCACUGAAGCUGCAAACAAGCUUAUUACCUGGGCAAUUCUCAAUGGCUCUUAUUUAUAUCCUUCCUUUCCACUUAAGCAACUUUGUGACCUCCACCCUAUAGGUUGAGCAUCGUACGUAUUGUUCUUAUUAAGUUAGUUCUGUUUCUUUA